AUGAGUGAAAAUGAAAAAACAAGCAAUAACAGUAUGGAUAACGAUCAAGAACCUCAGAUUCCCGAGUCGAAAAAAAACGAAUAUAGCGGUUUUUUAAAAACUCUUUCCACGUUUACUGGUGACAUAUAUAGUUUAACAUGUCCCAGUUUCCUUCUGUCUGGUGUUUCAACUUUGGAGUAUGGUCAAUACUGGGCAGAUUAUCCGGAACUUUUCGCCCAUAUUUCUAAGCCCGUUGACGAAGCUGAGAGGGCUGUAGCUGUUCUUAAAUGGUUUGUGAGUACGUUAUACGGAUCCUUCGCGUCUAGGAAAGAUAAAGAAAAAAUUGAGAAGAAACCUUUCAAUCCGAUUCUUGGUGAACAAUUCUUGGCUAGAUGGGAAAGCAUUAAUGGUUGCGGAGAGACUGUCUUGUUUUCAGAACAAGUUAGUCAUCAUCCACCAGUUUCUGCAAUAUAUCUUGAAAAUAAGCAUGCAGGAGUGACAGCGAAUGGUCAUACUGGACAAAAAACACAAUUUAAGGCUACGGCUGCGCGUAUCGAUGUCAUACAAGUUGGUCACAUUAUCGUUCGUUUACGAGAUUAUCCUGACAAAUAUUUGAUAAUGUUGCCGUCCCUGCAAAUUCUUGGCUUAUGGAGGGGCGCUCCUUAUGUAGAAUUAAGUGGUACAAGUGUGAUUCAAUCUCAGAAUUUUAACACUGUUAUUGAAUUUACUGGAAAAGGUUGGAUUUCUGGAGAGAAACACACCUUUUAUAGCGUGGUACGCCGUAAUGGUUCAAAGGAUCCUUUGUUUACUGCUUCCGGAACUUGGUCCGGGAAAUCCACUUUGGAGAACCACAUGACCAACGAAAAAUCCGGUUUCCUUGAUGUAGGUGCUACACAUAGAGCCACUCCUAUUAUAGAACCAAUAGAGAAGCAAAAUGAUUUAGAGAGCAUAAAGCUAUGGCAGCACGUUUCAAAAGCAAUAAAUGAGGGCGAUUUUACAACAGCUUCUAAACUAAAGGGUGAAAUUGAACAACGGCAACGUGACAAAGUUAAACGUGGAGAAGCAACUAUUCUACAAUAUUUUGAUUGGAUGGAGGAAGAUGAAGGGUUUUUAUCUCUUUAUAACUUGAUUGGUAGUAAACUACAUUUAGAAAAUAAAUAUAAAGAAAGGGGAAGUUGGGUAUAUAAGGGAUUAUUGUUUAAAAAUAAUAACUAA